AGGCUCCAGGGCCACCAUGAUGCCUGUCCCUGCCUCCCGAUCCUGCCCACCACUGCCAUCCCUGCUGCUGACUCUGCUACUGAAAUUCACAGGAACUUCGGAUCAAGAAUUCCAGGUGACCCAGCCUGAGAGUUCAGUUUCAGUCAGAGCUGGAGAGAUCUUGACACUGGGCUGCAACGUGUCUGCUCGUUCCCCAGCAGGGCCUGUCUUGUGGUUCAGGGAGAAUGGGCAAGAACGAAAGUUAAUUUACAAUUUCAAAGGGGGCCAAUUCCCCCGAGUAACCCAAGUGGAAAACACAGAAUUCAACCAGACAGACUAUUCCAUCCGCAUCAGUAACGUGUCGCCCAAAGAUGUGGGCACCUAUUACUGUGUGAAACUAACCAUAGCGCACCCUGACAUGUCGUAUGUAUCUGGUUCAGGCACCGUUGUAUCUGUGAAUGGAACCACACAUGAGAUAUUCCAGGUGCAACAAGCUGAGAUGACACAGACUGUAUCAGUUGGAGAGACAAUCACCUUGAGUUGCAGUGUACCAGAUUCAUUCCCAAAAGGACCCGUCUUAUGGUUCAAGGGAAAUGGGCCAAACCGGGAAUUAAUCUACAAUUUCAAAGAAGGUUUCUUUCCCAGAGUAAAAGAAAUUGGACACCCCACCAAAGUUGGCAACACAGACUUUUCCAUCCACAUCAGUGAAAUCUCUCUUGCAGACGCCGGCACUUACUACUGCGUGAAGUUCAAGGAGGGGAAAUCUAACACGGAGUUCCAGUCAGGUCCGGGCACCAAGGUGUUUGUGACUAGCAAUCAGUUUGCCCCAGGUGCUCCAGAGAAACAUCUAAUGACCAUGAGGGGAACCAAGCUGAGGAAAAAUCUGCUGUAGAGAAGUGCAAAGAUGUAGAGAAUGUGGGUUGACAACAUUACACGGCCAUAUUGUUCCUGGUUCCCACCCCACUUCUGGAGCUCCAAUAAUAGGAGAGAAAACAUCUCCUUGUCAAGCCAGUUUUCUUAAAGUCAGCAUUGUCCUAAGGGAUGCCAGGUGAUAAAGUUCCCAUAUCCACAGAGCACUGAAGUACAAUUUCCAAUUUUUUUUCUGUUCCUAAAGCCUUACUUAUUCAAUUUUUCUAUUUUGUUAUAACUUCUGAAUUCUGAGCAAUACCCAGCUUGAGAAAUUAUUAAAUUCAUGAUACUACA